UCAAUUCGGCGUCUAUUUUCAGCCAUUUUACGCACAUUUUGAAUCGUUCUGAAAACGAAACCACUUCUAAAUCAAUUGCCCUUACUUUACUAAUUAUGAGUUCAGAUCACGAGGUUAGAAGAGGUUCUGAUGAGUCUGAUGCUUCAGGAUCUCCAGACUCUAGAUCAGAACAUGGGGAUAACAAACAUGCUGAUCACAAACAUGGUUCAAGGUCAAGAAGUAGGUCAUACCAUUCUGACAGAGCAAAAUACAACAGAGAACGCUCAAGGACAAGGUCCCAUUCAAGGGGACAUCGGAAAAGAAAAUAUUCUUAUUCAAGAUCAAGAAGUCGUAGUUACAACAAAUACUCGAGGUCCAGAUCAAGAUCACCAUAUCAUAAAAGAUCAUCCCGAUACUCCAGAAGCAGAAGCCGAGAUCCCUCCCCAGCUUAUUCUCGUGACUACAAAAAUAACUCCUCCAAACGAUAUGGUUAUGGUAGAAGUUAUAGCAGAUCACCACCAAGAUACAGAGGAGGUGGAGGAAGGAAAUACAAGGAUACUUCACCAAUGUCAAACAGACGAAGACAUGUAGGCAAUAGGGACAAACCAGAACCAACAAGGUGUCUGGGUAUAUUUGGUCUCAGUCUUUACACAACAGAGAGAGAUCUCAGGGAUGUGUUUUCUAGAUAUGGACCAUUGGAAGAAAUUCAAGUUGUUUAUGACAGACAGAGUGGCAGAUCAAGAGGAUUUUGCUUCAUAUAUUUCAAGAAUAUUGAAGAUUCAAUAGAGGCAAAAGACAGAUGUGCUGGACAAGAAAUAGAUGGCAGAAGAAUAAGAGUAGAUUAUUCCAUUACAGAAAGAGCGCAUACUCCUACACCUGGUAUAUACUUAGGCAAACCUACAACGCCUCCAAGAGACAGGGGACGUAGUAGUGGUGGUGGAGAAGGAGGAGGGGGAGGAAGUGGUGGCGGACGUUAUAGAUCACCUUCACCUUAUCAAAGUCGAAGUAGUCGUCAUUAUUCUAGAUCAAGGUCACGCUCAUAUUCUCCUCGUGGUCGUCGUUAUUAAAAUCAGCAAAGCAGAGAUCAACAAACUAUAUAGAGUGCUGUACCAGUAUGACAUGUUGGAUAUUGACAUGUUCUAUUGACAACUACUGUUUCAUUUCAAAUUUGAAAAAAAUGUAUUAUUGUUUUCAUGUCAGAUCAUUUGUUACACUUAUUUCUGUCUCCUAUUAUAACACUAAUUAUGCCAUCAAAUUCAUCUGUAGAUCAUAUAGAACUCAGAAUUAAGAUAUAAAUAUAUGUAUGUCCCCUAAUAACUGUUCAAAAAAAGGGUAGGAAAGGCCUGUCAUCUAAUAUCUUUAACAUUUUGGUUAAUUAUGUGACUUAUAGUGAAUUAUGAUAGAAGACAGAAAAUAGUUUUUGUUACAUAUAUUAUCAUUCAGUUUAUGAGAUUUCUUUCCUUUGAUAUCAAUGUAUUUAUCAAUCAGAGAGUUUUCAUUUUAAUUGGUAACAUAAGAUUUCAUUGUAAUUUGUUCCCAACACAUAUUUUCAUAUUGCAGCUUCAGUAUUGUCAUAAACCAACCAAACAUGGUUCUAUCAUAUUAAGGUUUCUACUAUGCUUAGUUAUUUUUAUGUAUUCUUAUUAUUUUGUGGUCAUAAUUUUAGUGUCAAAUUUGUUUUAUGAAGAAGAACAAAACAUUUGUAAAAGUAGUUAUAAGUUUAUAGUUAACUGAUUGAUUUUAUUUGUAUUGUAAAAGGUUGAGAAGAAAGAAGUGGUGGAAAGGUUUAUAAGAAAAUUUGAAGAUUAGAAUGAAGAAAGAAAAUGAAGAGGGGAGAGUUGAAGAUUGAAAAAUAAUACCGAUAAUAAUAUUAAGAAGAAAGUAAAAAAUGAAGAGGGGAAUUAGGAGUAAAGUUUGAAGAUUUUUGGCUUUUAAGAUUAAGUAUUGGCUGUUUAGAAGAUUUGAAGAGAGAUAAUGGGGUGAUGAAGAUUGAGAAGAAUAUGAAGAAAUUUAAUUAUUUGGGAAAAUAAUAUGAAGGGAAAAUAGGGUAGAAGCAAGAAGAUUGUCGGUUUAGAAGAUAUAAUCCGUAUUUUGUCGAAGUCCGUUUGGUAAGAUUUGAGCAAAUAACCAGAAUUUAUGGAAGGCAAAAAGUUUUACUUCUCUAAAAUUUAUUUUAAUUUAUGUAGUUUUGAUAGAAAAGAUUAAAGGAACUUUGCAUUCUUCAAAAUGUAAAAAUAUUGAUGAAACCAGUUUCAUAAUCUAUCAGAUUUUUCAAUACAUCAAUAAUCACUUUUGUAGAACUUUUAUGAAAGUAGUACGAAACCUUUUUUUUGGAGAGUAAAAAAUGACAGGGAAUCAAAUACAUUACACUAUGAAUUCUGAAUCAUUUAUCUGCAUGAUUUAAGCUGAUUUGAUGCUUGAUGUAGAUAUAAGACAUAAUCUAACUAUUAUUUUAGGCAUUGAAGAAACGAAGCCUCUUCAUGAAGAUCAGAGGUAUGAUCUUUCAAUCUUAUGUGUAUGUGUAUUUUCUAAAUUAGAGCUGUUUUAGGGAAUUUCAUGCAUAGGAGAUUGUUUUUAUUUAUAGAAUACAAAUUUUCAAUUUUUUGUUUGAAAUAUAAAUAAAAUAGAAAUGGAAUUUCCUGGAGGUAAGUUGUAGGUCAAAUGUCAAAGAAUAUGAAAUCAACAGUGAAAUUUUCAGUCAAAUGGCUGUACUCAUUUUUUGUACACAAAUCUGAAUUUAAAAUUGCUUUUUGUGAUUGCUACACUUGUACUUUUAAGACUUUACAGGAAAAGGAGACAAAGAUGGUUUGGGAUUGUAACCUUGUGAUUGGAAAGUGAAGAUAGAUCAAAGAAAAGGACUUAAAUUUUAUUUGUAAAUAAUUAUAUCUGUAUCAGUUUAAAUACAUGCUGAAAAUGA